AAAGGGAAACAGAAGAAGAGUCGCUGUCCAGGAAUCAGGAAGCCGACUUAGUUGCAUUUUACUCAAUAGGACAUUAUUCGUGUCAAUUAAAUAAAGAUUAGCCUAAAAAUUCUCUAAAAUGUCCAAAAGGCAUCGUCUCGAUUUGGGCGAUGACUACUCUUCCAGUAAGAAGAGGUCCGAUGGGAGAGACAGGGACCGUGACAGAGACCGUGAGGACCGUUCCAGGGACCGGGAUCGUGACAGGGAUCGUGAUAGGGACAGAGAACGGGAAAGAGACUUGAAGCCUUCUGCCACCCCCGCCAACAGCACAGCACCUGUGCCAGGCGUACCACCUUUGAAGCAGAUGGCUGUGCACCAGCAGAUCAAUCCUUUCACCAACCUGCCGCACACACCACGCUACUAUGAGAUCCUGAAGAAGAGGUUACAACUUCCAGUGUGGGAGUACAAGGAAAGCUUCACUGAUAUCAUCACACGUCAGCAGAGCUUUGUCCUUGUCGGAGAGACUGGUUCAGGGAAGACAACCCAGAUCCCACAGUGGUGUGUGGACAUGGUGAGGGGUUUGCCUGGUCCUAAGAGGGCAGUAGCUUGUACUCAGCCAAGGAGAGUAGCUGCCAUGAGUGUGGCUCAAAGGGUGGCCGAUGAAAUGGAUGUCAUGCUUGGACAGGAAGUUGGCUACUCAAUCAGAUUUGAGGACUGUAGCUCCGCCAAGACUAUUCUGAAGUACAUGACAGAUGGUAUGUUAUUGAGAGAGGCCAUGAAUGACCCGCUGUUGGAGCGUUAUGGUGUGAUAAUUCUGGACGAGGCACACGAGCGAACUCUUGCCACUGAUAUCCUGAUGGGAGUGCUUAAGGAAGUGGUCCGUCAAAGACCAGAUCUGAAGGUGAUUGUCAUGAGUGCCACACUGGAUGCUGGGAAGUUCCAGGUGUACUUUGACAACUGUCCUCUGCUGACUAUUCCUGGACGCACACAUCCUGUAGAGAUCUUUUACACCCCUGAACCAGAGCGGGACUAUCUUGAGGCGGCAAUCCGCACUGUCAUCCAGAUUCACAUGUGUGAAGAGGAUGAAGGUGACUGCCUUCUGUUCCUCACAGGCCAAGAGGAAAUCGAUGAGGCCUGCAAGCGGAUCAAGCGUGAGGUUGAUGACCUUGGCCCUGAAGUCGGAGACAUUAAAAUCAUUCCACUGUAUUCCACUUUGCCCCCACAGCAGCAGCAAAGGAUCUUUGAGCCACCUCCUCCAAGAAAGCCCAAUGGUGCAAUAGGAAGAAAGGUUGUGGUGUCAACAAACAUUGCUGAGACUUCUCUAACAAUUGAUGGUGUGGUUUUUGUCAUUGAUCCAGGCUUUGCCAAACAAAAGGUGUACAAUCCCCGAAUCAGAGUUGAGUCUUUGCUGGUCACAGCCAUCAGUAAAGCUUCUGCCCAGCAGAGGGCUGGACGAGCUGGCAGAACACGUCCAGGGAAGUGUUUUCGCCUCUACACAGAGAAGGCCUACAAAACAGAGAUGCAGGAUAACACAUACCCUGAGAUUCUUCGGUCCAAUUUGGGAUCUGUAGUGCUGCAGCUGAAAAAACUAGGUAUCGAUGACCUUGUGCACUUUGACUUUAUGGAUCCACCAGCUCCAGAGACGCUAAUGAGGGCACUUGAGUUGCUCAACUAUCUGGCAGCCCUCAACGAUGAUGGUGACCUGACAGAGCUGGGCUCCAUGAUGGCAGAAUUUCCUCUGGAUCCUCAGUUGGCAAAGAUGGUCAUUGCAAGCUGCGAGUUUAACUGCUCCAAUGAGAUCCUCUCCAUUACUGCCAUGUUGUCAGUCCCACAGUGUUUUGUCCGUCCCACGGAGGCUAAGAAGGCAGCAGACGAGUCCAAGAUGAGGUUUGCUCACAUUGAUGGAGACCACUUGACGCUGCUCAACGUCUACCAUGCCUUCAAACAAAACCACGAAUCUAAUCAGUGGUGCUACGACAACUUUGUGAACUACCGCUCGCUGAUGUCUGCUGACAAUGUGCGUCAGCAGCUGUCCAGGAUCAUGGACCGCUUCAACCUGCCUCGGCGGAGUACAGAGUUCACUAGUAGAGAUUACUACAUCAACAUCCGACGAGCGCUCUGCACUGGCUUUUUCAUGCAGGUGGCUCAUUUGGAACGCACUGGCCAUUACCUCACAGUCAAAGACAACCAAGUGGUCCAGCUGCACCCAUCUACAGUCCUGGACCACAAACCUGAGUGGGUGCUCUACAAUGAAUUUGUUCUCACCACCAAGAACUACAUUCGCACUUGUACAGACAUCAAGCCAGAGUGGCUGGUGAAGAUUGCACCCCAGUACUAUGAAAUGAGUAACUUCCCACAAUGUGAAGCUAAAAGACAGCUGGAGCGAAUUGUUGCCAAACUAGAGAGCAAAGAGUAUUCUCAGUACUGAACAAUAGACAAGAAGUGUCCUGGAAAACAACUGCAUACUCUAGUUUUAGAUCUUUCUGUAUCAUUGUAUCUUAAUGUUAACAAUGGGCUUUUUGAUUUUUAUAUUUUGUUUGCUUUUUUUUUCCUUUUCCCAUCAAUGUCAAUUCUGUAAGUAGAUGUAUUGUCUGAUGAAAUAUCAGCAGCAAUUAGACCUGGCUAUAAAGGUUUUCAAAAGGAAUAUCAAGAACAUGUUAAAUGGAUGUGGUUCAAUUUCCUUUAGGAAACUGUGGAGCCAUAACAAAUAUUUGUGCUUGCUUUGUUUCUUUAAUAAAGGAGCUUUGAAUUCUUUUCAGUGUAUAAAUUGAUUAGUGAAGCCUGUCAUUUGAAAUAAAAAAAGGUGUAAAUUUGA